AUGGUCAGUACAUGCAAGGCACACCAAAUGCACAGCCCAUUUUUCGGCGAAGAAUUCCAAUUUGAAGUACCCCGCAGAUUUAGAUACUUAUCCAUAUACGUGUUCGACCGUGACAAACAGGCUAGCAAGCAGGACAAAGUCCUCGGAAAAGUUGCUAUCAAAAGAGAAGAUUUGGAGAAGUAUAACAACACUGUCUCGGAAGUACAGGGUAAAGCAUACAUUGAACUGUCGAUGGAGGACUCAAGAAAACGAUUACGCAUGGACCCUAAACCUCCCGAUCCCGACUUCAGCGAAUGUUCCAAAGCGAAGGCAAACAAUCUCACUAGACUAUCAGAAUAUUGUAAAGAGAGCAUGCGAUUCGGCUCGUGUUCGAGUUCGACUAGUAAAAAGCUGUUAGCGGCUGUUGCAAAUGAACCUACACUGUCCCUUUCCCGUUCAGAAAGUUUAAAGGAUCGCGCGCAAUGGUCUGUACGCCCUAAACCACCGAUGCACACUAUGGCAGAAUCGCCGUCUCCCACCGCGGCCGACUAUUGGUCGGAUCCAGAAAGACAUUGUGCGGCACACGUUGGACCUGACACGAUACGCUUAAGGGUUUUAGAAUGUUCAGAACUGACCACCAAGAAUGGGCAGAAGAGUUCUGAAAUUUAA